CCCUAACUCGUAUGAUCCGAUUGGGGGGAAAAAAAUUGGCGAAAAAGGCCUAAAAAAUAGAGGUGUGGGAGGAACGCGGCGCGCACACUUGCUUCCUUUCUUCUCCUCCUUCGUCCUUCCCCCGCUGUAGUCUCUCUUCUCCCCUUCUUCGCUUGGCGGUGGUGGUGCGGUGGGGAUGCGGCAGCUAUGGCGGUGGUACCAGCAGUGCCUGGCCACGCACCCGGUGCGCACGCAGGUCGUCAGCUCCGGCAUCCUCUGGGGCCUCGGCGACAUCGGCGCCCAGGCCGUCACCCACUACUCCGCCCGCCCCGACCGCCGCAGCAGCCCUCCUGAGUUAAUUGAAACAAGAUAUUUAUCGCGGUUCAUGGUGCAUUUGUUCAGAUACGAGAUUGGAAAUUCAAGGAAUCCUGACUGGCAUUUCGUUUGGUCUUGGAGACCCCAUAUAAACUAUCUGUGCCUCCAUGGGCAGUCUAUCAAUUAUUCUUUGUCUGUCUACCCCUAAUUUCUUCAUUCUUCAACUUCACUAUUACCCCAUUCAACAAAGCUCUGUUUCCUUACAGGAUAAAGAUAAUAAAGACAAUAAAGAGUUUAAAGUUGAUUGGAAGAGGGUGGGCGUCACAAGCUCCUUCGGAUUUGCUUUUGUUGGUCCAGUUGGACAUUACUGGUAUGAAUACCUGGACCGCUUCAUCCGGCGGAGAUUUCAGCCUAAUACGUUCAAAUUUGUUGCCUCAAAAGUUGCCGCAGAUGGUUUCCUCUUUGGACCAUUAGACCUCCUCCUGUUCUUCUCAUAUGUUGGUCUUGGUCAAGGAAGGAGCGUAGAGCAGGUGAAGGAAGAUGUGAAAAGAGACUUCAUUCCGGCUCUGGUGUUAGGUGGAACCAUCUGGCCUGCUGUGCAAAUCGCAAACUUCCGCUUCAUCCCCGUGCGGUAUCAGCUCCUGUAUGUGAACUUGUUCUGCCUCUUGGACAGUUGCUUCUUGUCAUGGAUUGAGCAGCAGGGAGACGCUUCCUGGAAGCAGUGGUUCACAUCGUUCCAGAAAAUCGAAGACCAGAAGAGUAAGGUUUGAUUUGGCUACUUUGAGUCAUGUGUGGUUCGUUGUCUGGAUCAAUACCUCUAAACUCUGGUUGAUCCAGGAAGAUAAUGGUAAAAAGGAGAAGUAUUUGGCAGCAGCUGUUAAAGCGAAAUUGUGAUCCCAGCAAAGCUAAACAUUGAUGGCGUUGUAGAGAAUUCUUUUUAAUCUUUGACAGGAGGAAACGGUUGCUGAAUUGCUCUGUUAAUUCGAGUGAUGUGUUAACUUUCGUGUGGAGUGUAUGUUGAUCUCGAAUUGAUUCAAAUUGGUAAGCUGAAGAUGCUUUGGGAUGCUCUGAA